AUGGGCCGGCGCAAGAAGGCCCAAGCCAGCGACGCCGCGACCGCCGCCGCCACCGCAGGAGGCCCGCCGCUGGACCGCGGCCAACUAGCAGACUGCCUGUCGCAGACGAGCAAGAUUGCGGCAGAGUGCAACUCCAUUCUGCGGGACCUGCUGCGCGGCAGGUCCCCGCAGCACCAGGACCUUCAGAGGUUGGCCAGCCAGGUGCUGAUGGGACAGUCCCUGGGGCUGACCGACCUGCAGCGCAAGAUGGAGAGCCAGCAGGCGACGCUGGCAGAGCUGCUCAAGGGAGAGGAGGGCCUGCGGGAGCUGGCGGAGGCUCUGGCGCUGCUGCGCCGCCAGGGCGGGCGCUGCGCCGCCUACUGGCGCUGCCCCUGCUGCGACAGCCGCCUGCUGGAUGCGGCCGCCUUUGUGCGGCACCUGCAGCUGUACCACGAGGAGGUGCAGUACGGCCCGGACGGCGGCGCGGUACAGUGCACCAAGUGCCUCAAGGAGGUGGUGGGCGCCCACUACCAGAAUGAGGAGCCCGGCUUUCCAACCGUGGUGCUCUGCAUGAGCUGCUGCUGGGAGGAGCAGAUCAUCCAGGCCGGCGGCGGCGACGACUGCGGCAGCGCCAUGCAACUGCGCAUGCCGCAGCCGGGGCAGCGCCUGCUGGCUGCGGCGGCGCCGGAGGGCGGCGAAGGCACGCGCUGGUCGCCAGUGGGCGCGGCCGGGCGGCGGCGCAGCGCCAGCGGGACCGGCAGCGCUCGCAGCGGCAGCAGCGAGCCCUCCUCUGGGGGCUCCAGCGGCGGCUUUGAGGAUGCCGGCAGCAGCGAGGAGGAGGAGGAGGAGGAGCAGCAGCUGGACGGCGGCGGUGGCGCGGCGGCAGGCAGGAGGCACGCACGGCGGCGGGGCGGCGGCGCCGGCGACCGCCGCCGGCGGCAGCAGCAGCACCUGCAGCAGCAGAUGGAGCUGCAGAUCCACGCCGCGGGAGGUCUGCUGGCGGCGGUGGCGCGGCGCCUGGACGGCCUGGCCGCGGCGGCGCCGGCGGCGGCGCAGGCGGGCGGCGCCGCGGGGAGCGGCGGCGGCGGCGGCGGCGGCGGCCAGGGCGCGCCGCACGUGCCAUUUGAGCACACGCUGCUGGCACUGGUGGCGCAGGCGCAGCGACUGCUCAGCACGCCUGCCGGCGCGGGCGAGGAGGGGCGGCUCGACGAGCAGGGGCGGCUGGAGAUGGCGGUGCGGCUGGCGGCGCCAGACGCCUCCCCCAACCAAGCGGACCAGCUGCAGGCAAGUGGCGGCGGGGCCGCCGCUCCCUGGCAAUGCUCCUGGCAGCAGCAGCAGCAGGGCCGCCUGGGCGCGCUGUGCUUGCUUUCCUCCCAGGAGCUGCAGUGCCUGCUGGGCUACGCCAUCACCAAGCACGGCUCCGCCCUAGGGCCCCGCACCGGCGCCGCGGGCGGAGAGCUGCUGAGCAGCAGCACGGCCGCGGCUGGCGCGGGCCCUGCCUACUCCAGCAGCAGCCGGGAGAGCAGCGGCAGCGAGGAGGAUGACAGCGGCAGCGGCGGCAGCAGCGAGGAUGAGGAUGAGGAGGAGGAGGAGGAGGAGGGCGGGGAGUAUGGGGCCACUCCCGACCUGGGCAGCCCCGUCAGCGACCGCCGCCUGCGGCGGCGCCGCCGCCGCGAGCUGCAGGCAGCCGAGGCGCUCCUGCCGGGCUACGACCCCGGCUGCGCCUCUGUGUUUGGCUUCACGCCGGCGGGCCGGGCCAAGUCUGGCACGCAGCUGCUGCAGCUGGAGCAGGGCGGUGGCGCCAACGGCGGCGCUGCUGCCGACGGCGGCGGCGGCGGCGGGGACACAGGGGCGGCCGCCCAGCAGCUGCGCCAGCAGCUGGCCCGCCUGCAGCGCCAGCCCGGGUCGCUGGCGGGGGACGCAGGGGAGGGGGCUGUGCUGAGCGGGGAGGAGUGGCUGGAGCCGCACCCCUGGUGGCUAGACCACCUGUCACACAAGAGCUGGCACGACUUCCCGGCUGAUGGCAACGCAGAAAUCUACCUGCUGCAGUGGGUGUACGGAAACGUGGCGCACGCGCCCACGGAGGAGUUCCUUGAGCGGCAGCGGCUGGCGGCGGGGGCCAAGGGGUGCGACAAUGCGGUCAUGGAGUGCCUUGCUGAGCUGGCGGAGGUGUGGCGCCAGCUGGCGGCGGCCACCGCGCGCAGGCGCCACCUGCAGAGCUUGCGCGACGGCGUGAGGGAGGAGGCGGCGGCGGUGAGGUCUUUUGAGGAGGCGGGGGCGGCGGCGCUGCGCGCGCAGGCCACCGAGUUUUUUGACGAGGUGGGCGGCAGCGGCGGCCCGGGCGCCGCCGCGCCGGGCGCGGGCGGGGCGCAGUGGAGCCAGCGCGCGCUGGGCAAGCUGCAGCGCUUCCACCAGCUCAAAGAUGAGAGCAGCAUCAGGCAAGAGGGGGUCAUGUAUGCACAGGCGCUCAUCGACCGAGAGGUGGCGGUACUGGAGCUGGCGGAGGAGAUGGACCUGCAGGAGCAGCAGCUGGCGGCGGCCGAGGUGGCGGCCAUCGACGGCGCGCUGGGCGACGCGCGGCACGGCGUGGCGGAGGCGGAGGCGGAGCGGCAGCGGCUGAGCGCGGAGGGGCCACCUGCGCACCGCCGCAAAGACUUGCUGGACCGGGUCAACAAGGAGGCCGAGCACCGGGAGCGGCUGCAGGAGCUGCAGCAGCGCAUCGCCGCCGGCCAGGAACGCAUCGGGCGCUCCGAGCUGGCCGCCUUUUUGGAGCGGCGCUCGCAGCUGGACGCCGCCUGCCACGACGUGUUGACUGCCCAGGAGCGGGACCGCGACCAGCAGCUGACGGAGGUGCAUGUGGACCAGCGCAUCAGGGCGGUGUGGCAGGUGGUGACGUGCGUGGCGGACGCCAUCCGCCUUCUGCACGACCGCUACGCGCCCGACGCGCAGAGCAAGGCGGCGGCGCGCCACAUCCGCUGCACGGGCCUGGCCCAGGGCGUGUGCGACGAGCUGGAGCAGCAGGCCAGCAACUGGUGUGCUGACCUGGACAGGCUGCGGCGCAGGGCUGUGGACCUGGCGUGCUGCGAUGCCAGCGGCAUAGUGGAGCAGGCCGCGCUGGAUCUGGAGGAUGCGGCGGUGGCGGCGCGGGAGGCGGCCACGCUGGACCUGCUGCGGGAGCUGGAGCUGGAGGAAGCUGCCAAGAAGGCCGCGGAGGGCAAGAAGGGGAAGAAGAAGAAGAAGAAAGGGGGUCGGGCCACAGAGGAGGAGGAGGAGGCGGAGGAGGGGCAGGAGGGCGGGGCGGCGGCGGCGCGGCCGGGCGGACCGCGCCCCAAGCCCGGCAGCGGCAGCGGCAGUAGCAGCGCGGCGGAGAGCGGCGCCGACCCGGCGGCCAUGGCGGCAGCUGCCCAGCAGCUGCUCAGCAGCCUGGACCAGCUGGCGCCGGAGCUGAGGGCUGAGCUGGAAUAUGAGGCGGCGCUGGAGCGGCGGCGGGAGGAGCUGGAGGCGGAGCGUGUGCACAAGGAGGCGGAGAUGAUGAGGCUGGCGGAGGAGGCGUCGCUGAGGGAGGUGCAGCAGCCGGCGGCGGCGCCCGCGGGCGGCGGCAAGGGCGGCGGCGGCCGCGGCGGCGGCGGCGCCGCUGGCAACGGCGCGCCGGCGGCGAGCAGCGGCGGCAGGUCACCCAAAACCGCCACCGCGGGCGGCAAGUCGGCCCCCAGCACUCCAGGCAAGUCCCCGGCCAAGGCGGCGGCGGCGGCGGCCCCCGCGGCGCCCGCGGCGGCGCCGGCCGCGCCGGCGCCUGCGGGUACGACCGGCAGUACCACCGGCGGUACCACCUCCCAGCCCCACAAGUGCGAGAUGCGGGUGGUAUCCUACUAUGGCGACUGGCGCUGCUUCUGCGGGGAGGCCAACCGGCUGUGGGAUACCUGUGCCUGCGGCCAGAUACCGCCCUGCAGGGAUUGGCUCCCCGACACGCUGCCCCGCCCCAAGAGCCCCAUCGCCAAGCCAUCCUCAGAGGCGCUGGUGCUCAGCAGCAAGCCGGGAGGCGGCGCGGCGCGCACCGGCAGCGGCGGCGGCGGCGGCGGCAAGGCCGGCACCGCAGACCCCCCUGCCGUGGUGACGGCGCUGCGGGUAGUGAGUGCGCCCGGCGGCGGCGGGGCCAAGGGCGGCGGUACGGGACACAGGGCGGUACAGCUGGUCAAGGCCGGGGGCCGCCCCGGCGGCACCGCCACCGCGGGGCCACCCGCAGCGGCGGGCAAGGCGGGCGGCGCGGCGGCCGCGCCGGAUGCGGCGCCUCCGCCGCCGCUCAAGCCCGCCCCCUGGGCCAACGUCAAGCCCGGGGCGGCGGUGCCCGGUGGGGGCCCUCCCGCGGCCGCCGCCACAGCAGCCGCUGCCGGCUCGCCAUCCUCAUCCUUCAGCCUGUUUGGGGGCAGCAGCCCGCUGCUGCUGUCGGCGCUGGGGCCCGGCGGCGGCGGCGGCGAGGCAGGGAUGGCUGGGCUGGGGCCCGAGCCGGCGGCUGCCAUGGCUACGCCGCCUGCCGCGGCGGCCCCCGCCCUGCCCCUGGGCGCGUUUGCCGGCGGCGGCGGCGGCAGCCUGUUUGGCCCGGGCAUCUUCUCGCCCGCUCCCGCGGCGCAGCCGGCGCACGGCGGCGCGUCGUCGCCGAGCGCGGCGCCGCAUCACAGCCUGCUGCUGCAGGCGCAGCAGGCGCAGCUGGCGCCGCCGCACAGCCCCACGCGCCUGUCGGGCGGCGGCAGCCUGGCCCACACGCCGCUGCUGCUCAGCCCGCAGCAGGUGCGGCUGGGGCAGCCAGGGGCGCCCUCGCCCUCCGCCCUCCACCCAUCCAUGCCCUACCUGCACUCCCCUCAGCAGCAGCAUGCCAGCAGCAUGCCCAGCCCGCUGGCAGACCUGCCGCUGGGCAGCCCGGCAGCGGCGCAGCAUGCGGCAGGGAUGGCGGCUGGGGCAGGGCCCGGGCUGGACCUGCCCGGCUACGCCGCUUUCCACCACCAGCAGUCCCAUGCAGCCGCCGCCGCGGCCGCCGCCUUUGGCAACGGCGGCGGCGCCGGCGGCGGGCUGGGCUUUGGCGGCGCCGGCGCGCUGCUGGGCGGCGCGGGCGGCGGCUUUGGCGCCGGCUUUGGCGGCGCGGGGCUGGGCCUGGGCGGCGGCGGCGGCGGCGGCGCGCAUGCCGGCGUGCCGGCCAGCGGCGGCAUGGAUGACUGGUCAGACCUGCAGCAGCAGCUGCCCUCUGACCUAGGCGCCAUGCUGGGAGCAGAGCAGUCGCCGAUGAAGCCGCCCGCAGCGGCUCAGCCGGCGGGGCACGAGGGUCUGUACGGCGCCAGCGCCAGCAGCCGCCACUGGUUCUGA